AUGGCGCUCGCAGGUGCCAAGUCUUCCGCCUUUGCAGGCUCGGCCCUGAGCCGUGCUCCUGCCGGCCUGCCUCGUCCCGUCGUUUCGCGCGCUGCCGCCCGUUCGCUGCGCGUGCGUGCCCAGUCUGCGCCGGGCGGCAAGAUCAAGGUCAAGAAGGUGGUCCUCGCCUACUCUGGUGGCCUGGACACCUCGGUUAUCCUCAAGUGGCUGCAGGAUGAGUACAACUGCGAGGUGGUCACCUUCACUGCCGACCUUGGGCAGGGCGAGGAGCUGGAGCCCGCGCGGGCGAAGGCGGAGCAGAUGGGCGUCAAGUCCAUCUUCAUCGACGACCUGCGGGAGGAGUUUGUAAAGGACUAUGUGUUCCCGAUGUUCCGCGCCAACGCACAGUACGAGGGCAUCUACCUGCUGGGCACGUCUAUCGCGAGGCCCCUCAUCGCCAAGCGCCAGAUCGAGAUCGCAAAGGAGCAUCGCGGCCGCGGGCGGGCGCCUGGAGCCGGGGGCGGCGGCGGCGGCGGCAGCCGGGGCGAGGGACCCUCUGGCCGGGGGUCGGGCGCGCGGCGGCGCGGCUCCGUUGGCGCGGACGCCGUCUGCCACGGCGCCACUGGCAAGGGCAACGACCAGCAAAAUAAACAGUCGCCGACGCCCGCCACCUGCCACCUGGAUCCCGAUCCGGCCCCGCGCGUGAUGUGA